AUGUCCUCCGAUCCUGUCCCGGAGACUCCCCGAGUCACUUCUCCAUCGCCUUCCCUUUCCGAUAGAUCAGACGUACGUGAUGGAUAUUCUGCGCCGACAACACGGUCAGCAUCGCGCCGACAACAUCUUCCUCAAGUUUCCGAGGAAGUAUCAUCUACAGCAACACCUUCAAGGGAAUCUACGCGCCAACGACGACCGGCUCGUCGGUCAAAUCCGAAAAUCCCUGCCUCUCCACCAACCGCCAACGGCAAUAGUUCCGACGGUCUUUUAUCACCAACGAAGAUAAAUGAUGCAUUACAGGAUAUCUCAAGAUCGCCAUCCCCACUUGGAUUGAUUCCUCUACAUUCUCGCUAUCGCAACUUUAUUCAUCGCCAUGAGAUUCCUCGCAAGGCCCUGCAUGUGUCGAUAGGGUUUGUGACACUUCAACUCUAUAUCCAAGGUAUACAGCCGCUUCAGAUCACACCAGUCCUUUUCUCAGCAUUGGUUCCUAUUGCCGCCACAGAUAUUUUACGCCACCGCUCAGAAAAGAUUAACAAGCUAUAUAUACGCUGCGUAGGUGCGCUUAUGCGUGAGACCGAGGUGUCCGGCUACAAUGGGGUGAUAUGGUAUCUCCUUGGUGCGUAUGUCGUCCUUAGAUUCUUCCCCAAGGAUGUUGGUGUCAUGGGAGUACUUCUUCUUAGCUGGUGUGACACUGCCGCAUCUACGUUCGGUCGUCUCUAUGGCUGUUAUACCCCGCGUCUUCGAAAGGGGAAGAGCUUGGCGGGAACCAUGGCCGCUUGGUUUGUUGGUGUCGUCACUGCUGCAACCUUCUGGGGUUGGUUUGUACCAUACAUUGGUACCUUUCCAAAUGACCCUGAAGGUGCGUUCAUGUUCACAGGUCGUCUUAACCUGCUGCCGAACUUCAUCCGUGGUCUUUUGGGCUGGCAGAUUAGCGACAGCUCAUCUACGACUAUUACUGGACCACUGGCCCUGGGCGUCUUGAGCGUUGUCUCAGGUGUUGUCGCCGCCGGCAGCGAGUUCAUCGAUUUGUGGGGCUGGGAUGACAACCUGACGAUCCCAAUUCUAAGUGGAUUCGGACUGUGGGGAUUCUUGAAGGUCUUCGGUUAA